CUUGCAUUCUUUAUAUUCUGGACUGAUUUAUGGUGGUGUGUGAAGUUGCUAGGUAAGCAAAUUUGAUUAUUUCAACUGUACAAAUGAAAUCAUGUUUAACUAAUAUAAUUUACUGUAUAUAUUAAUCAUAUGUAUUAUUAUUGUUACUUAUAUUUGAUUAGUAAUUGUAAGCAUGCAUGCAUGUUGUAAGUGCAUUUAUCAAGGACUUUUAUAAAUGUUUUAAAAAAAUCUUUGUUUUUAGUAAUUUUUGUAGGCUAUGUAUCACAUUGUGAAUUUUUCGGAAUGCAAUGAAGUUGAGUUGGUGCCAUCCAAUUGGGUAUCCAAUGGAGUGUGUGCUUGGCCACCAUAUAAAACUGGAGAUAUCCAUAAGGCUAUAAUAAAUAAAGAGCAGCCGAAAGAAAACUGGAAAUCAUUUAAGGUUGAAGUUAUGUACACGACAGAUAAUUACAGAACUGCAAGACUGAAGCUUCCAGUUGCCGAAAGACACUCAGAUUUGCAGACAGCAGAAGAUGAAGAAGACGAUGAAAUUCCAAAAAGGACAAAAAGAAGGAAAAUAGCAAACACAAGAUUUGACAGUGAUAGCGACGGUGAUGUCUGUAGCAAACCCAAAAGCCAUCUACCUCCACCACCCAAGAUAACCCUUCCUCAAAAAUUUUCAAAAUCAACCACCAAGAUAUCUGCUGACCUUGGAGAACUUGGACGAAAUGCAAAAUCAAUGUGCAGGAUGCAUCAACCUGACAGUGUUCAGCUACAUUCUGAAUGUAGGUCCACUGAAUGUGGAAGAUGCACUCAAGAAAUGAAAAGCCUGAGAAAUUAUUACAAAAAUCAAAGUGCAUCUACAGUGGAAGAGCACCUAACCCCAGAGUGUGUGGAAAUUACAAAUACUGCAUUUAGACACUGGUCUACCUCACAACAAAAUGAUGGACCAAAUCAAGACAUUAAUGGCCCCAUUCUUCGAAACAUUCUGGUUAAGCAGGAAAUGAUGAUGGAGCAAGUCAAAGUGAUUUUAAAAACCGUACAAGACCUACAUGAGAAAUGCUGUAGUGACAGUGGUUCAGAUCCAGUGCUGGAAAAAGACAUUCUUCCACUUCAAGAUCUCACAUCCAUGCAACAGCUUGAAAGUGACCUAGCGGUUGGUGGAGAUUUAAAAAAAAAAAACUAG